AUGGUUUUCCGUGCGCGCUGGAAGGAGUUCACGAAGGCCGGAUGGACCUCAAAGAAGCCUGCGGGACUCUCCGUCAACACACCUACAUCAAGCACGUGGCAAUGGAGGAGAAGAGAGGAAUGGAGCGCCGAGCCUACGAGGACGCGAUUGCUGCUCAGAACGGACAAGCCGAAGGCGAUGGCCCCGACGAAACGUUUGCGGCGCAUCAAGCAAGUGGCCAGCACGACUGCCCGAGAGAUGAUGUUGACGAAGCCCAACAAGGCAAAGCUGCUGGCGAACCGCUCAUCCCAACCUCUCCCCACGUUGAAGACGCUGAACCUGGUACAUGAAGCGAUGAGCAGGACGCUGGAUCGGAUGCUGCGGACGCCCAGCCUCCUCAGUCGCAAGGUGAGGGUACCCCAAGUUUCAGCCGCCACCGCGUUGCCGAUCUGGUCUCUACGUCUCCUCAUCUCGGGUCCGAGGCCAGCAGCCACGUGUCAAGCCCUGCAUGAUCGGCUUCACCAGCAACCGCUUCUCCUCAAACGCCAACGCGAAAUCUUCGCUCGGAGUUUGGCCAGUGCGAUGCACCUGAUAGCGAGCGAGUACGAGCCGUCGGGGAGUGAUGAAGAGGAACUUGAAGAAGAAUCGAAAGAGGAAAGCGAAAUGAACGAGGAUGAUGAGGAAACCAAAGAAGACACACCAGUUUCUGUUGAUGAUCCAAACAUCAUGCAGCCUGGGGAAGUCGUUGACGACUACACAGUAUUGGAUUCAGAUGGGGAGAAUGGAACAACCUCUGUGUUCGGCGAUGACGAAGAAUUGGCGCUCACGGAACCGGCUGCGGAGGUGGCAGCUUCGGCCUCGGAUCUUCAUUUCAAUCCCUCACUGCUCGAAACCGUGGGAGGGUUGUCAGAGAUUGCCCACGGCAGCGUGCCCAAGGACGUUCUGGCGGACAUGAAGUUCAAUGGAUGGACGGAACUGACCAAUGUGAUACCCUACCCGUACAUGCACCAGCCGUACAACGCGCGACCAGACGGCUGGAUCAAAGAAGCCUACCAAACAUCUAUGAAGGAGAACAUGGACCUACAGCCGAUGCAAUUGCUGCGGCAUUGA